GACGCGCAAGUUUUGACAAUGUACAACAGAGAGAUAUGACUGUAGUUGCUAAAAUUCGCUUGCCUUGGUCACUUCGAACGGUUUUUUAUUUGUGUUUAUUAUUUUAGUGAUUUUUCCGAAAAAUGCAAAAAUGUUUGCAUUCUAAUUAACCCAUUAAACUACCAUUAAAAGAUAAUAAAAUAAUAACAAUGAAAGUGAUAUAAAAUUAACCAAAUAAAUUAUUAAAACUAUAAUUAAAAGAAAAUAAAGCAAAUAAAUUAAACAUAAUUAUAUUAAAAAAAAAACUAAAUUAGUACUUAAUUAAUAAAAUAAUUGGAAAACGAUUGAGAAAAAUUAACCUAAAAACAACAUAAUGCAUACACAAGCUCAAGCCCAGUCCACAAAUAGACGACAACAGCCACAACCCUCUCUGCCGAUAUAUGCCAACGAAGGUUUAAGUCCCAAAAAGACCGCUUUGAUAAUCGUAACAGUUGUUGGUUGUAUAGCCAUAUUAUGGCCCAAAGUCUUUUAUCCCAUGAUGUUUGCUUCGGCUCCAACGACUGCUACGGGAAAAACAAAUAUUAAACAAGGACAUGGGGGACCAGGAGGUUGUUGUGAUGUCGUGCUUAAUCGGGAGGAAUUUUUCAAUUCGACUUUAAUAAAAAAACACAAAAGUUCGGAACCUCCCAUAGAACCAUAUGGACCACAGUUAUAUCGUAAAAGUUUAAAUGUUUAUACUGGUGAAAUAAGUAUACGUCAGGAACGACCAUCUCAUUUGCAUCCCGAUUCUGUUUAUCAGGCGAUGAGAGAACGUGGACGUGCUAUACCGGCCACACCAACGAUACCUAUUGUGGAACGUAAAGCAUCGCCCAGUAAUCCACCACCUCGCAUAGUGGAAGGAAGACCUGGUCCCAUACCCGGCAUGCGUCCACCUAUGGGAGCUGGGGCAUUGCAUCAACCUCAGGGAAAAGGACAAAAUAGUAUGGGUAUUAUAAUGCCCUUAUAUACCAUUGGUAUUGUUGUAUUCUUCGGUUAUACUAUCAUGAAGAUAGUCUUCAAGAAGCAAGUACCGAAUGCUCCCUAUGGAGCUGCACCCGGUGAUCCAAACUUCCGUAAAGAAGUUUUUGGACAAGAAAAUGGCCGACAUGUUGAGGAAUUAAAUGGCUCUAAAUUGGGUUGGCGGGAACAUCAAACAAGAACUAAUCUACCAAGAUCAACCGGAGAUCUAAUACCUCACCAGCCAACGGUGAUGCGUGGCAGUGAUUUAUAUAAUGCCAGUUUAUCGGCUCAAACUGCAGCGACAAAUCUGUCCUCUACCCUAAAACAACAUCAGUUGCAGCAACAACAUCACGAUCAGCAAAAACAAUUGACUUCGAAACUUAUGAAUAAGGAAACCGAUCAAUUGAUGGAAAUUGAAAAGUUGCGCAAAAAAUUGGAGGACACGGAAAAGGCUAUGGCCAAAUUGAUUGCUGAAAUGAAUUCAGAUCAAUAUGAAGCGAAGAAAAACUCCAACGAAAAUUCGACCACUACGAACCAACAAGAUCAACAACAGCAAGAAAACAUUUCCAAUGGGCAUGCAGACAUUAAUGAGACAUCUGGUGAUGUUAAUGAUGAUAAUAAAACUAGAGUAGAUGACCUAAAGGCAACGGAUGAUAAACGCAAAAAGAGAGAAGGCAGUACUGAUCGUACAGUAUCGGUUCUUGGAAUGGAAAUAACCGCUAGUUGUGAGGGUGGCCAUAAAUGGUCUGGUCGUCCUCCAACUCCAGUGUUAUUAUCCCACCAUGAACAUUCCAAACAUGAUGCAGAUGACGUAAUGCCCGAACCUCAAGAAAUCUAUUUAGAAGGUUCUUUAGCACAUGACUCACAAAUUUUAGUAGCCGAAUCUGAAACUAAACAGGAACAAGUUUAUGAUGCCGAACUUAAUGGAUCUCCUGAAGAACCAGCGGUUAUUCUAAGUAGUAAAAUGACUUUGUCUCUUAUCAAUUUGGAUAAUAUAUUGGAUAAAAAAUCGCCAACAAAACAAACAGAUAUGGAAAGUCCUUUAGCCGAUGAUAUAGAAAUAAUUGGACAUAAUGAACAUUAAGAAAAAUAAAAUACAGCCACGAACUAACGAACAUAAAGAAUUUAUACAGUAUAGAAUGAAAAAUUAAAAAAUUUUAUAAAAAAUAAAAUCGAAACCAAAAAAUUUUUAAAAAUAACAAUAUGACUGAUUUGUUAAAUUUAUGUUUAUUUAAAAACGAAUUUGUUUAAAAUAUUAUCCAAAUUAUUUGAACGACUUUUUAAAUACUACUCAAACAGAAAAAAAGAACAUAAAUAAAAUGGCCAAGAACAAAAUCCAGUACUUCCGUUGUAAGGAACCGAAAACAAAAAAUUUACAAAAACUAAGAAAAUUAUGUUGAAACCCGUUGCCAAAAUUUAUUUGUUAAAUUAUUUUUAUUAAUUUAUUUAUUUUUGUUUAAUAUAAUAAAGCAUUUUUUUCUUGUAGCUGUUAGUAUUUAUUUUAAUUUUAUUUUUUUGUUGUUAUUAAUUUUAAAAUAUCACUUUGUAUGCUCAAAAUGUUAUGUCAAAUUCAUUAUUUUUAUUAUUAUUAUUAAAUUAUUAAUUUAAAAUGUUUUUAAAUGUAUUAAAUGAUUAAAUGCCAAAACCUUAAAUAAAAUAUAAUUUUUAGUAUUUAAAAAAAAAAAAUAAACUCAAAAUUUUAUUCUAACUAAGUCCUUAAUGUCCCUUUUGCAAUACAUUUAUGUAUUUUUACAAUUUAAGAACAUUUUAUUUUUUAUUCAUAUUUAAAACUAAAAACAGAAAUAGUUUCAAAAACAUAUUUGUAAUUUACUUCUUAUACUUUUACAUAAAUGGUGUUGUAACAAUUUUAAAUUAUUAAAAAAAAACAUUAAAAAUAUUACUGCAAAAAAAAAGAAAACUUAAAUAUACAUUGUAAACUUGUGUGUAGCAAGAAAAUUUAUAAAAAAUGUAAAUUUUAAUAAAAGUACAGAAAAAUA